AUGCUGUUCGGCGCAUUGAGGGCCGGCGGGCUGUCGUGCGGCCUGGUCCGCGGACGCGCCGUCGGCAAGCCGCCGCUCGCCUUGGUGCUCCACGCCCGCCGCCGCGCCUCUGCCGCACCCCGUCGCCCCGCCGCCGCCCCGUCGUCCGCGCCCUCGGCAGCGGCGCCUCCGCUAGCCCCGCCGCCGCAGCGGCUGCCGGUGACCGUCCUGUCGGGCUUCCUGGGCGCCGGCAAGACGACGCUGCUGCGCCACGUGCUCUCAAACAACGAGGGCCUCCGCGUCGCCGUCCUGGUCAAUGACAUGGCCGACGUCAACAUAGACGCCCGCACGAUCUCUGACCACCCCUCCGACGCCGCCGCACCCGCCGGCGCGCCCGCCGGCUUUGCCGCCGCGCCCGAGCGGCUCGUGGCGCUGUCGAACGGCUGCAUCUGCUGCACCAUCCGCGAGGACCUGGUGAGGGAGGUGCGCGCGCUGGCGGAGGCGGGGCGCUUUGACUACCUGGUGGUGGAGAGCACCGGCAUAUCCCUGCCCAUGCCGGUGGCGGCGACGUUUGCGCACGACGGCGAGGGCGGCGGCGAGGACGGCGGCGGCUCGGGCGACACAGAGACAGCGGCAGCGGCGGGCCCCGCCGGCGGCCUGGCGGGCGUGGCGCGGCUGGACACGCUGGUGACAGUGGUCGACGCGGAGCGCUUUGUGGGCGAGGUGCUGGCUGCGGAGGGCCUGGCGGAGCGAGGGCUGGGCGCUGACGAGGCGGACGACCGCACCAUAGCGGACCUGCUGAUAGAGCAGGUCGAAACUGCGGACGUGCUGGUGCUCAACAAGACGGACCUGGUCAGCCCGCAGCAGCAGGCGCAGCUCAGGGCACUGCUGGCCAAGCUCAACCCGGCCGCCAAGCUCGUCGCCACCAGCCACGGCCGCGUGUCGCCGUCCGAGGUCCUCAACACGGGGGCCUUCAGCCUCGAGCGCGCCCAGGCGGCCCCCGGCUGGCUGCGGGAGCUCAACGCUUUCGAGGCGGAGAUGCACGAGGCCAGGGCGCGCCCCGCGGCGGGCGGCAGCAGCAGCAGCAGCAGCGGCGGGCAGGGCAGUGGGGCAGGGGCGGCGUCUGUGGAGCGCGACGGCGGGGCGGCUGCCAGCACCAGCGGCCACUACGACGACCACGACCACGCUCACCACCACCACCAUCAUCAUCACAAGGGCGAAGCCGACGAGUACGGCAUCAGCAGCUUUGUGUACUAUGCGCGCCGCCCCUUCCACCCCGGCCGCCUGCUGCACGAUGCCCUCAGCCGGCAGUGGGGCGGCGUGCUGCGCAGCAAGGGGUUCUUCUGGCUGGCGACGCGGCACGACGUGAUGGGCCUCUGGCAGUCGGCGGGGGGCGCGUGGCAGGGGGAGCCCAGUGCCCUCUGGACGGCCGCACUGCCCAAGUCUCAGCGGCCGCCCGGCUGGCAGGACGACGCGGCUGCAGGCGGCUGGCACGAGCGCUGGGGCGACCGGUGCCAGCAGCUUGUGUGGAUCGGCGUGGGCAUGGACGAGGGGGCCCUGCGGGAAAUGCUGGACAGCUGCUUGCUGACGGAUGAAGAGAUGGCUCUGGGGCCGGAGGGCUGGGCGGGGGCAUUUGAGGACGAGCUGCCGCCUUGGCAGGAGGGAGAAGCGGGGGAGGACGAAGAAGACUGGGGCGAGUGGGAGGAGGGGGAGGAGGGGGAGGAGGAGGGAGAGAAGCAGGCGCCCCGGUAG